AUGGCUUUACAAAAUCAUAGUGAAAAUAAAAAACGUGUAUUAGAGGAUUGCUUAUCUUCAACAAUAUCAUCAUCAACAUUAGAAAUUGUGCUUGAUGAUCGAUCAUACAGUAAUUCAGCUGAUGAAGAAUUCAUUGAUCCAAACAGCAGGCAAUCAAAAGUGGGUACUACUGGUAAUGAAAGCUCCGAUUUUCGAAGGGGAAAAUCAAUGGCAUUAAGAGAUCCAAAAUCUCAUCGAUUAAUUGAAAAACGUCGUCGAGAUCGUAUGAAUGCUUGUCUUAAUGAACUAUUACAAUUAACACCUCAUAAAAAUAAUGAAACUCAACGACGUAUUGAAAAAACAGAAAUCAUCGAAAUGGCUAUUACUCAUAUGCGCCAUUUAAUAUCAACGUUAGAAAAAAAUUCUAACAAUACUGAUACAAAUCUUGAUUCAUAUCGAACUGGUUAUCAAAAUGGACUUUCUGAUAUAUUUGACUUUGUUAGUGAAUAUGCCCAGAGUGAUCAACUUAACGAAUUCGCACAAUACUUUCAGCCAGAUAGAAAACGAUCGAAAUAUUUAUCUUUAUCUGAUAAACGAAUUCAAUCACCAAUAUGCGCUAAAGAAGAAUUAAAAAAAUCUAAUUUAUCAAAUAAGAAUGAUGAUAAAUUAUGUACUAUAUCUGACGUAGAAGAAUAUAAACAUAGUGAUUUACAAACUUCAAUCGGAGAACAACAAUCUUCAACUGAACAGUAUGAUUCUGCUGUUAAAGUGCCAAUAUUUGUUCUACAUCCAUCUGGUACACAUUAUAUUCCAAUGUGUAUUGAUUCAUCGAUUGUUUCACAUGCCUUUAAACAACAUUCCAAUAGAACUAAUUCAUCAACAACAAAAGAUCAAGCUCAAUGUCAUCCGGUAUCAAUUCCUGUAAAUUUUAAUCCAACAACAGCUCUUUCAGAUCCAUAUGCACUUGAUAUUCAAAAUAUAAAUGUUAUCGGUACUCGUCAUCAAACGAGUGUAAGACCCAAUUAA